UCCUCAUAAAGUUUUGGAUAAAAUCACAGAGAGAAAGAGAGAGAAACUAAGAGAACAAAAGAAAAGCUCAUUAGAUUAGGAGUGAGAAAGCAAGCGUGUUUGAGCCUAGAGAGAGAGAGAGAGAGAGAGUUCACGAGCUCGGUUGGUCUCCCGCACCGCCUCUGCAACUGCAAAAUUCAAGUAUUUGCCCCCCAAAAAGAGAGAGUGAAGAAAAAGAAAGAGAAUCUAAACUCAUUUUAAUUAUCUUCAAGGGUGGCUGGAAGCUUCACGGGCCUCAACCCAUCUUUGAGUCUCUUUCUUCACCCACCCUCAGCUUCUUCUUCCAAUCCACUGGCUAAUAUCACGCCAGCUCACACUCACUACCGGUUUCUGGUUUGAUCUCGACCACUGUCAUGGAUAGUGCUUUGCCCAUUUGCCUUUCUCUCUCUAUAAUGUGAGAGAGAGAGCGCUUUGUGGAAGGAGUGGUUGGUUGGUCUUAUUCUUUUUUUUCCCUUCUUAUAAAGAGACAAGAAAGAGAAAGAUGGAUCGAUCGACGAUCACAGUUGGACCAGGCAUGGACAUACCGAUCAUGCACGAUAGCGAUCGCUACGAGCUUGUGCGCGAUAUUGGGUCGGGAAAUUUUGGGGUGGCCAGGUUGAUGAGAGACAAGCAGACUGACGAGCUUGUAGCCGUUAAGUACAUCGAGAGAGGUGAGAAGAUAGACGAAAAUGUACGGAGGGAAAUUAUAAAUCACAGGUCAUUGAGGCAUCCCAACAUUGUCCGGUUCAAAGAGGUCAUUUUAACACCAACCCAUCUGGCCAUUGUAAUGGAAUAUGCAUCUGGAGGAGAGCUAUUUGAACGAAUAUGCAAUGCUGGAAGAUUCAGUGAGGAUGAGGCACGCUUCUUCUUCCAACAGCUUAUAUCAGGAGUGAGCUACUGUCAUGCAAUGCAAGUAUGCCAUCGUGAUCUGAAAUUGGAGAACACAUUGUUGGAUGGAAGCCCAGCUCCACGUUUGAAAAUUUGUGACUUUGGAUACUCAAAGUCCUCAGUGCUGCAUUCACAACCAAAAUCAACUGUUGGUACCCCUGCGUAUAUUGCACCUGAAGUGUUACUUAAGAAAGAAUAUGAUGGCAAGAUUGCUGAUGUGUGGUCUUGUGGGGUGACUUUAUAUGUCAUGUUGGUGGGUGCAUACCCUUUUGAGGACCCAGAGGAGCCUAAAAAUUUCCGCAAGACAAUACAUCGAAUCUUGAAUGUUCAGUACUCAGUACCUGACUAUGUUCAUAUAUCUCCAGAGUGCUGCCAUCUGAUCUCAAGGAUUUUUGUAGCUGACCCUGCAAAGAGGAUAACCAUUCCUGAGAUCAGGAACCACGAGUGGUUUCUGAAGAAUCUUCCAGCUGAUCUCGUAGAUGAAAAUACAACGAACAACCAGUUCGAUGAAGCCGAUCAACCGAUGCAAAGUAUUGAUGAAAUUAUGCAGAUAAUUUCUGAGGCCACAUUACCCGCAGCUGGUGCCAACAGCCUCAACCAGUACCUUACUGGCAGUCUGGACAUUGAUGAAGACAUGGAAGAUGAUUUGGAGACAGAUCCUGAACUGGACAUCGACAGCAGCGGAGAGAUAGUUUAUGCAAUGUGAUUGUUAGAAAGACUAGGCCUCCAACGCUUGCCCCUGAAAUUUUUACUCCAUCUUCUAUGUCAAGUCUUCAGAUAUGUGAAAAGGCGUAAAGGGUUUUCAGUACUUGCAUUGUACUGAAGUGAUUCUUUGGUUUGCAAUGUCAAACUCAGUAAGAAUCCAGCAUUCCAACUCGUCUUUCUGCUUGUGGUUUCUUUUACAAUGCCUGCUUCUUCUAUUACUAUUUUUUUUAUCACUGUUCUGCCACUGCUAUGAAGUGUUUAUGUGUACUAUUAUUUCCCACUUCUGCUUGUGGCAUAAGAAAACCUAAAAUGGGGUUACUGUUACUAUAAAAUGUAUCAUUAGUUAAACAGCCUUCUGUA